AUGAGCAGAGUGGCUGUUGAAAACGCUCUAAAAGUUGUGAGACAGAAGUUCAUUACUACCGCAGCUUCACAGUUUCCUCAUGACUCUAUGGAAUACGAUGCUGUACUGUAUCGAACGAAAAUGUUAUUUAAUAAAACUGUAAUGGGAGGAAAGUAUGCCAGAUCUUCAUUGUGCGUAAAAGCAUACGGUGCAUUGAAACCUUUUUCAACAGAAGAAGAGCUGAAAAAAGUUGCGCAAGUAGCUUGUACAAUGGAGAUGGUCCAAUCUUCGUAUCUCAUCCUGGAUGAUAUUAUGGAUCAGUCCCAAACUAGACGAGGUGAACCCUGUUGGUAUAAAAGGAAAAACAUCGGUUACGGUGCUAUCAAUGAUGGGAUUCUGAUAGAAUGUUUCGUUGAUGAUUUGAUUGAGCAGAUCAUACCAAACCACCCCAACUUGAACCGAAUUUUAAAAGCUUUUCGAAAAUCGAAAAGAAACACAAUAUUAGGACAAUUGAUUGACUCUGACAGUCAAGGGAAAAUGGCUUCUUUCACAUGGGAGAGAUAUGAACAAUUGGUUCAAUUCAAGACAUCUCAUUACACAUAUUUCCUUCCUAUCGAAACAGCUUUAUUGCUAGCAGAUGAGAACAGUGGACACAAUGAUGCACGAGGGCUUGCUUAUUUGAUUGGGUUCCUGUUUCAAUCACAAGAUGACGUAAUGGACGUUUUUGGAGACCCUUCCGUCACAGGAAAAGUAGGAACAGAUUUGAAAGACGGCAAAUGCACCUGGUUAACUGUAAGGGCUGUUCAAAAGCUACAAGACCACAAAGAUAUGUUGGCGGAGUGGACGGAACUUUUUGGAAAAACUGAUGACCAGAGCUUGAGUAGAAUGAAAAGAAUCUUAGAAGAACUCCAACUACAUAGGGAAUUCAGAGUAUUUGAAGAUAAAUAUUCAGCACAUGUAAAAGAGAAGAUCAACACUGCGGACUCGUCUCUUAGGCCGAUUGCUCAAGUUCUACUCGAUAGUGUAGACAGCAUUAUCAAGCGCUCCAAAUAG